AUGGCAGAGUUUCGUAAAAAACUCGAUGAGGGUAUGAAUGACGCGUUGCGAACAUCACAGAAUGGAACGCUGCCGCCGUUUCCAUCCCGACCGAUGAUGCCGAAAUUUUGCUUUGGCAAAGAUGCAGUGCUGUAUGUAUUCGCUGGAUGCACUGUACAGAAUUACAAAUUAUACAUCGGACAGAAGUUUGCUCGUGAACUAAACCCGGAAGAGCGAGAUGAGCUUGAUAUUUUUGCUAAACAAAUGGCAAGCGCUAUGCCUGCACCCAAUCCGUUGGUAAAAAUCAUUUUAUUCAACAGUUUUUUUUCAGUGACUGAAUAUAAUUAG